GAAAAGUUGAAGUGACAGGCCAUGGCAAGUCUCACGGACAUGAAGCUCAUGGCCACAGUUCAACAACCUCACAUGGACACAGAGAGGAGGAGCACACACCCAGACAUGUUGAAAUGACAGAUGCUUCCAAGUCCCAUGGACAUGAACAUGAGACUCAUGGCCACAAAUCAGAGCACGGAGAGGCGCAGCAUAGCCCAGACCCUCAUAAGUCUGAAGAGCACGGCCACAAAUCCACAUCAUUUGUACAUCCACAAAGUGGAGGGCACGGGGAAACUCACAAGACAGUCGCACAUGGUUUUGAAGAGCACGCACACAGCACUCACGGCCACAAAGCAGCAAUCCCACCGCGGCGUGGGGAGGACAGGGAGGACGCUCACGGCCACAGGAGGGCUGAAAAUGAAGAGCACAGUAUCGUUGCAAACCACGGGAGAGGAGGAGGUGGUCACGGAACCAUAAGGCACGGUGUUCGGAAAGAAGACGACGAGGACAAAGAAAGAGGGAAAAAGAAAGGGCUUCUGAAACUCCUGAUCUCAGGAGAGCCUCAGGUCAAACAGUUACUCGGGAUCAUAUACGACAGUUUUAAAGACUGUGAGUGCUACGGCCACUCCAACCGCUGCAGCUACAUCGACUACCUGAACAUCGUCACUUGUGUCAGCUGCAAGCACAACACCAGAGGCCAGAACUGCCAACACUGCAGACUGGGAUACUUCCGCAACGCCUCUGCCGAACUGGAUGAUGAGAACGUCUGCAUCGAGUGUAACUGCAACCAGCUGGGCUCCAUCCACGACCGGUGUAACGGCACGGGCUUCUGCCAGUGUAAAGACGGCGCGGCGGGGGCCAAAUGUGACGACUGCCUGCCGGGAUACUACUGGAAACAAGGCUGUUACCCUAACGUUUGCGACGAGGAGAUGCUGCUGUGCCAGAACGGAGGAACGUGCCACAUGAACCAGAAGUGCGUCUGUCCUCCAGAGUUCAAAGGGGUCUUGUGCCAACAGUCACGCUGCGAAGCGGGCAAGGACUGCAACGGCGCCUCUUCGCCGCGCCUCUCCACGGCCGCCCUGCUGCUCUGCACUCUAAGCUACCUGCUGGCCACGUUAUCACACCACUGAGCCACGAAAAUACGCCCCCCAGCUUCCCUUGCCUCCUCCUAACUACCCACCCUUCAGACACUAGGAGUGUGUGCACAUGGAAGGGGAACCGGAACAUGAGGUGGAGGAGGGCAUGUCUGGUCUCCCGAACUCCCCCCCUUGCGACAGCACUCAAACAUGCACACACUCUCACCGAAAACACUACCUAUGCCCUCGCAAAGCACACGUAUAUACACACACGCGUGCACACACACACACCUCGCAGGACUGUUACGGCACCGAGAGUGUGUGUGCUCAGGUGUGGGGAAUGGACGAGCAGAGAAACAAACGCCUCAGAGAAAAGCGAUGCAGUCAAAGGGGAAGAAAAUGAUACCAACCACUGUUCCCUUUAUUCCUCAGCUGGAGCAAUGUGCAUCAAACCAAAAAGCAUAAAAAAGUAACACUUAAAUCACCAAUGUUUCACUUCAAAGGGAAUGACUGUUGUAACCACCGGGAUCUAUUUUUUAUUUUUUAUUUAUUUAUUUAUUUUCCAUUUCCUUCUUCUUGGUUGAGCUAAAGAUCUCUCAUCUGUUAGACUGACUGACAGCUAAUGUGUGUGUGAGUAUUUUGUGUGUGUGUGUGAGUAAAUCUGAGCGUGUGAAUGCGUGUGUGUGCAAAUGGGGGUGAGUGUGUGUGUGUGUGUGUGUGUGUGUGUGUGUGUGAUCAGACGCGUCGACUUGACAGACGGGUCAGAAUGAGCUUGUUUAAUUCUGCUGCUGCGGCCUACAUAGUAUAUUAACCAAGUUUCAUUUCUCGUCAGACGAUGAGACUUGAUUUUACAUUUAUUCUAUUUCUGCUGCAUCUUUACUUUGAAUUGUACCGUCAGUCAUUUUAUCUAAACGCGCCCACUAGAAGUCGCUGAGAUUAUACAUAUUAUAUAAUAUCCAGGGGGAAGGGGUUGUGAGUUAAAAAAGAAAAGAAGAAAUUAGUCACUAUUAUGGUUGUCGUAGGAAUGAGUGAUUGUUGCCACGCUUAACGAGAUUUUAAUCUUCACACAGUAUUCAGGAAGCAGAGUUUACCAACUUUCAACUAAUCAGAGGUCUAAUGGAAAGAGGAAAAAUGUAAAACCACGUAUCAAUUAUAUGACAUUAUUUGAAUAUUUUUUGUAGAAAUUAUUUUUGUUUGAAGUUACAAUAAAUUAUAAAAAAAGAAAAAGAUUACAUUUACAACUAUUCCUAAUGUGCAUUUUAUUACACUGAUUGUAAAGCUUACAGUAAAUAUGACUGUUAUUUGCCUU